GUCGAAGAGGUUGAAAAGAAGGGUUUUAAAAUUAUAAAACUAAAUAAGCAAAACAAAAAGGAAAUCUCUAAUAAAUUGUGGAAGAAAAAACUUACAAAAUCUGAAUUGAACACUUGCGAUCAAAUUAGAGAACGCCUUCUGAGAUCAAGAAACAUUAUUAAAAUUAAUUAUAAUGUACUAAAAAGUGAAUAUUUGAAUACAAGUGAUAAAAAAAAUUUUCUUACACAAUUUCGUGAAAAAUGGCUUAAACCUAAACCACAAACGGCUGCCCUAAAACAAAGUUGUAGCGUUGAUGACGUUCUUCACAAAAGAGCAGAAUUUUUACUUUUAGGAAAUUACCUUGUUUCAACCAAAGACAAUAAUAUUUCAAUUCUCAAAAAUUAUAACAAAAUUGCUUACAAGCGAUUCUCCACUCUUAACGAUAUUAUCGGAGGAGAAAUUUUAUUACUUCCCUUUCAUACAUCAUUUUACACAAAGAAUGAAAAUGCGAGUAAUGUAAAAUCUUUAAUAAAAUGGUUCAAAAAUGGUAAAGGUGAAG